AUGACGUCGAGGGAGAGGCAGAACAAUCGAACCGUGAACGACACGGUGCUCGAGGAUGAAGACAGGAAGGGGGGCGAGAGCAACUGGGAGGAGGUCACCAUCGGAGUGCUAGGUACUCUCACCUUUGUCUCCAAUCUCCUCGUCCUCGUCGCCGUUCAGAUGCACCGGAAGAGCAAGAACCGCAUGUUUUACUUCAUCAAGCACUCGUGCAUCGCGGACAUGAUCACGGCCGUCUUCACCGAUUUCAGUCAACUGAUCUGGAGGCUCCAUGGGUCUUGGCAAGGUGGGAACGUUCUCUGCAAGAUCGUCCUGUAUCUUCAACCGUUCGGGAUGGUCUUGAGUUCCUACAUAUUUGCGAUGAUGGCUUUGGAUCGGUAUCAAGCCAUCUGCCACCCGCUGUCGGACAGGACCUGGUCCUUCAAGAAGUCGAAGAUCAUGAUCUUCGUAGCGUGGUCGAUCUCGAUUCUGAUCUGCAUCCCCCAAAUGAUCAAUUAUUCCCUGACCCUGGAGGGCGGGGAACCGAAUUGCAUCGCCAAAUUCAUAGAACCGUGGGGCGAGAAGGCUUACGUCACGUGGUAUAGCAUCGCUUUUUUCUUCGUUCCCCUCUUCGUCGUCAGCUACGCCUACUGGAACAUCACGAGAACCAUCUGGCGCAACUUCGCGAGCAAGAACCGGGCAUCCCGAUGCGAGAGAGAGGAACGAAAUAUCGACCCGAGGACGAGUUCCAUGAGGGGCAUAUCCAAAGCCAAGAUCAAGACUUUAAAAUUGACCUUCACUGUCAUCAGCUGCUUCAUUGUUUGCUCCUUGCCGUUCAUAUCAACUGUGCUCUGGGUGACUUGGGAUCCGGACGCCCGAUUUUCUGCUUUCUUUAGAGGGCCAGGAGCGGCAGUGUUGGCACACCUGGCAGCCCUGAACAGCUGUAUUAACCCAUUCAUCUACCUUUUCUUCAAUCCCAACCUCGUGACGACAAUGAAGGAGUGGGUCUCAUUCCUCCAUUGUGCUUGCCCGGGGUGCAUCAAGUCCACCGUCUCUCGAACGAGAGAUAACGAAUUUAGUGAGAUGACCAAGAACUCUGAGACUGUGGUCACAACACAAGCCACUCACCUCAAUGAGACAUUCAUAAAGAUGCACAAACUCAACUCUAAAGGGGCAGUGGAAGUUUAGGGGAACGCCUCAGGCUGUUCUUUUUGUGAUAUUUUCUUAUUUGGGGUUAUCUCGACGACGAUCCUCCUAACAUCAAGACGAUGAGUCACGCUCUCCAAGUGAAUAUUUUAUUUUAAAAAUAAUGAUAAAUCCUCGAGAGUGCAAUUGUCUUUAACCUUUAUCGUACGAAGGUCAGAUAUAUCGAACGCUACAACUUCCAUUGGAUGAAUGUUAGAUAUAUCUAACGCUAUACACGUGUCACGUCAACCAGCUCUUAUGGUCCUUGGGUAGGCUUCUAACCCAAACAAAUGAUAUAAGUCAAACCCUUGGGGUUUAAAAGGGCGGAAUUAAUUUCCGGCCGCGAGGGGACUGAAGGAUGUAAAAACUCCAUACGAUGAAGGUUAAAUGAAGGAUCAUGCGGCGCUUUAUUUUUAAAUCGCUCAUGGAUGAAACAUUUACCUUUGCUGCAUUGCCCAAUAUUCAAUUCUGAUUCUAGUGGGUCAAAUUCGACCAUAAGUGUUGUGAAGUUUUCCAUGCAAUUGUUUUUUGUCCAAAGUGGUUGUCACCAGGAUGGAGGAAAUAAUAGGGGCAAGAAGAGGGAGCGA